UUGGCGGAGAAGUCGGAAAGAAUUACAGGAAGGCAGUCACAUUCAACCAAGGACAAUGGGGUCUCGCGUGUUGAUAGGUGGAGGUAGUGGGUUCAUAGGGACAGCCCUCAGGAAGAUGUUAGAGCAUCGAGGUUUCCAGGUGACACUCAUCUCUCGCACACCUGGCAAGGACAAGAUCACCUGGGAUGAAGUGAAGAAAACAGGCCUGCCUGACUGCCAUGCUGUUGUGGGAAUGCAGGGUGCAAACAUUCUAAACAUAUUCAGGAGAUGGACAGAUGGCUUUAAGAAAGAAGUGUGGGACAGCAGAGUGGAGACGACCAAGACUCUAGCCCAGGCCAUCAGCGAGUCCAGCAAUCCUCCCAAGGUCUGGGUGUCCUUCUCUGGAGUAGGAUACUACAAGCCCAGUUAUGUGUAUGACUAUGAUGAGGACAGCCCUGGAGGAGACUUUGACUACCUCUCACAGUUGGCCACAGCAUGGGAGGAGGCAGCAAAACUACCAGCUCAGAACACAAACACCAGAGAGGUCAUCAUCAGAUCAGGUGUUGUUCUUGGCCGGGAUGGUGGUGCCAUCAAGCAGAUGUACUUCUCCUUCUGGUUUGGUUCAGGAGGAGUGAUAGGUGACGGAAUGCAGUUCUUCCCGUGGAUCCACAUCAAUGACCUUACCAGGCUCGUCGUACAUGCUAUUGAGGAUGAAAAGGUCUCAGGAAUCCUGAAUGGUGUGGCACCAGAGACUGUCACAAACUGGGACUUCACAAAAGAGUUCAACACAAACCUGAAGAGACCAGGCUUCUUCCCACUGCCAAGGCCUGUUGUCAACUUUGCUCUAGGAGAGGAGAGGGCAAAGAUGCUGACUGAGGGGCAGGCAGUUGUCCCAAAGCGCACAUUGGAGUCUGGAUUCAGCUUCAACUUCCCCAAGCUAAAGAUGGCAUUAGAUAAUAUAUUUUCCUACAGAAAAGGGUUCUGGUCAUAUUGACGUGUUGGUAUCACUUAAGUAGGAAAAUGACAAGCUAUACCAUAUACUAGUACAAUAGUUUUAUGAAUUAAAAAAUCAGCUGCAAUGUUGUAAAUGCACAGAUGUUGCACAAGACCUUUUUUUGAUUUCGAAGUGUUACCUCCUUUCACCUAGUGUAUGGUUAUAGCAAGGAGAAACCUCAUUGGGUAUAGAAAAUAAAGACUUCCUUUGAA